AUGGCACAAUCAAAAGUAUAUAAAUGGUACAAAAAUUUUAAAGAGGGUAGAGAAGCAGUUGAAGACGAAUCACGGCCGGGAAGGCCAUCUACCUCAAUAACUGAUGAAAAUAUCAACAAAAUCAAAGCCCUAGUAAUUGGUAAUAGUCGGUUGACAAUUAGAGAUCUUGUUGAUAUCACGAAAAUAUCGAUUGGGUCGAUGCAAUCGAUUUUGAAAGACCAUUUGGGUCUCAAAAUUGUCUCGUCCCGUUUAGUUUCAAAAAAACUCAAUAUAUUUGAAAAACAGCGUCGUGUUAAUGUAUCUGAAAUAAUGAUCUCUGAUUACCAGGAGGAAGAAUCGCUUUCCGGAGUUUUCACUUUGUAA